AUGAUGUGGCAAGCUGAUGGAUGCACUGAUUGGUCAGUGGACUACAUGAAAUAUAAAGUACUUUUGGGUGAGCCUGUGCGAAUCAAAUGCGCAUUAUUUUAUGGAUAUAUAAGAGCAAAUUAUACUCUUGCACAAAGUGCAGGACUAAGCCUGAUGUGGUAUAAAAGCUCUGGACAUGGAGACUUUGAGGAACCUAUACCAUUUGAUGGAAUUAGGAUGAGUAAAGAAGAGGAUUCAAUAUGGUUUCGACCCACAGAACUUCAAGAUGCUGGACUUUAUGCUUGUGUGUUAAGAAACUCCACUUAUUGUAUGAAGGUUUCCAUGUCAUUGACUGUUGCAGAAAAUGACACAGAUCUAUGCUACAAUUCGAAGAUGAGGUACUUUGAAAAAGCUGAACUUAGCAAAAGCAAAGAAAUUACAUGUCCUGACAUAGAGGAUUAUUUUUUGCCUCACAGGGACCCAAAUAUUGUAUGGUAUAAGGAAUGCAAGCCAAAAGUAUGGAGACAAACAGUUGUAAGAAGAAGGGACACACUUAUUAUACGGGAAGUACGGGAAGACGAUAUAGGAAAUUAUACGUGUGAACUACAGUUUGGAAGCUUUCUGGUUCGAAGAACUACAGAAUUAACAGUCACAGCUCCGCUAACAGACAAGCCUCCCAAGAUCUUGUUCCCUUCAGAAACAAGAAUGAAUAUUUUGGAGGUACAGAUCGGUGGUCCGGCCAAUCUGACAUGUAGAGCCUUUUUUGGCUACAGUGGAGAUGUAGUGCCUGUCAUUUACUGGAUGAAAGGAGAGAAGUUUAUUGAAGAUCUGGAUGAAAGUCGAGUUCAGGAAAGUGAAAUAAGAUUUCUCAGAGAGCACCUAGGUGAAAAGGAGGUUUCAAUUUCCCUUUUUAUUGAUUCAGUUGAAGAUGGAGAUUUGGGCAACUAUUCUUGUUAUGUUGAAAAUGGAAAUGGAAGAAGACAAGCAAGCGUUCUCUUACAUAAAAGGGAACUCAUGUACACAGUGGAGCUUGCUGGUGGACUUGGAGCCAUUCUUCUCUUGCUUGUCUGCUUAGUGACACUAUAUAAGUGCUACAAGAUCGAGAUCAUGCUGUUCUAUCGUAACCACUUUGGAGCAGAUGAGGUAGAUGGAGAAAAUAAAGACUAUGAUGCUUACCUGUCUUACACCAAAGUGGAUCCGGACCAGUGGGGACAAGAAACCAGAGAAGAAGAGCGUUUUGCCCUUGAAAUCCUUCCUGAUGUGUUGGAGAAACAUUAUGGGUAUAAGUUGUUCAUACCAGACAGAGAUCUGAUUCCUACGGGAAGUUUCACAAGCGAUCAUUACCAGGAUGAUACAAGACUGCUCAGAGCUUAUAUAGAAGAUGUAGCAAGAUGUGUGGAUCAGAGUAAAAGAUUAAUAAUUGUGAUGACCCCUAACUAUGUUGUGCGGAGAGGCUGGAGCAUCUUUGAGCUGGAAACUCGGCUUCGCAACAUGCUUGUCACAGGAGAAAUCAAGGUCAUACUAAUUGAGUGCACUGAACUUAGAGGAAUUAUGAAUUACCAGGAGGUUGAGGCACUGAAACACACUAUCAAGCUGUUGACUGUUAUCAAAUGGCAUGGACCGAAAUGUAAUAAGCUCAAUUCCAAAUUCUGGAAACAUUUGCAGUAUGAAAUGCCAUUUAAGAGGAUAGAGCCUAUCAUCACGCAUGAGCAGGUACUGGAUGUAAGUGAGCAGGGACCUUUUGGAGAACUGCAGACGGUCUCAGCUAUUUCUAUGGCUGCUGCCACAUCGACUGCUCUGGCCACGGCCCACCCAGACCUGCGAUCCACGUUCCACAACACCUACCACACCCAAAUGCGACAAAAACAUUACUAUCGCAGCUAUGAGUAUGAUGUACCUCCUGCUGGCACCUUGCCCCCACUUACCUCACUAGGAAACCAACACACCUACUGCAACAUCCCGAUGACGCUAAUUAAUGGGCAAAGACCACAAUCAAAAUCGAACAGGGAACAGAAUCCAGAGGAAGCCCACACAAACAAUGCUAUGCUGCCUCUUCUACCCAGAGAGACAAGUAUCUCCAGUGUGAUUUGGUGACAGAUGAGCAAGGCAGUAACAGGGCCCGCUUAAGUGUUCCCCUAACCCUGCAGUACGGUGCUUGGAACUGCGACCUUGCUGCUGUUUAGCCUGCAUCACAAUUCAUAAAACAAAAAAAGAAUACACAAGGAAAACAGGGUCUUGUACAUAUAUUUGCAAUUUCUUUGUAGCAUCAGUGUCUUCCUGUUCUUUUUUUGUUUGUUGCCUCGACUACAUUAUGACUUUGUUUUAUAUGUUAUCUAAAUUUAUAUAUUUCUAGUUUUUGUUCUGUUUUCUUUGCUUUUUUAAAUGAAGACUGAAUAGUUGGGUAUUGUGUGGUAGAUUGGACAGUACUUUUCCUGACUUAGCAUAGUUUAAAUUGUUUUGUUUUUUUUUUUUUUUUGUUUUUGUUUUUAUCAUUUCAUUGGAUUGCUUGGAUGAACCUAUGUUUUACAUUAAGGAACAACAUCUUUUUUUGAGUUGGCCUAUUUUAGAUGUGUACAGAUAGCCCACAAGUGUAUACUCAUUCAUUUAUGCAAUAGAUCCUAUUUCUUUUCCUUUCUCACAAAGAUUUCUUUUUGGAGAGUGGUGCUAGGGUUCAACCUCUUCCAGGUGGUAGAAAAUAGACAUUUGUCUUAUAAGAAGAUGUGAUAAAUACUUUAGCAGAACCUAAAAGUUAAUGUCAACCAGUCACAUUAAUUGUGCUGCAGUGACUUUCGGCUUGCAAAGAAAUCUUGGGGAAAAAAAACAACAAACAUAUAUUUUUAUAGAAGAUAUAUUUGAAUAAAAGGUAAGUAGUAAUGGAUGAAUGCAAACUAAAUAAUACUUUAUUGUACAGUUUUAUAGAAUUGAUGGCCAACAAAAUAGAUGUUGAGUCCUUUAUUAGAUGUUUUCUUUAAGUUAAGGUAAAGUAUAAAUGCAUUUUGAUGUUUUAAUCAAUUAUUGAACUUUUAUUUUCGACAAGAUGAAUUUUAUAUGUUAAAACAUCAGGACAAAAAAUAUGAUCAAAAGACCAAGGCAAGUUUUAUUAAUGGUGCAAGAUAUGGUAUACAUAUCAUAUAGUAGUGGGUAUUUUAAGACAAAAAAGACAACAAAAACAAAAAAAAAAAAAUAUUGUUCACUCUUUGAAGGAAAACAAUUCUCACAACAACACAAUUGUGUUUAGUUUACCUUGGUAAUUUUCAAUGCACACUACAAAGCUUGGUCUCAGUUUAGCGACUCCCAUUUACUCUAGUGUAACUAGUCCUAUUAAAUACACAACUGAAAAUGGCCACGACAACAAAGGGCACACACUUAGAAUUUAUAUUUUUCUUGUUAGCACAUACCUUUAUCAUCUCUAUAGUAAUUAAUGUUCUUCACUAUGUAUUUUUUAAAUCGGUCAUCAACUUACUGUAAAUGUUUAAUAUUAAAUAUUUAAUAUUUGACCCAUCACAUGAGGAAACUAUAGUAUUUGCUGUGCCUCUAAAGAGGAUGACCACUUUGGUCCACUGAGAAUAGAUUAACACCUAUUGUCUCAGUAUCUUCCCUGACCAGUAAGUUUAGAAAAAGGAACAUUAAAAGAACAAAAGAAGUAGCAUACUUUAUGAAGAGAAAAUCUUAAGAGCUAGUGUUAAGAUCUGCAUUUCUAUUUGAUCAGUCAUGUCACAGUACUAUAGUAUUUAGGGCACUAGUACACUCACUUCAGCCAGUGUAACUCACAUCACUGUGUACUCUUAGCCUUAAACAUGUAUUUUUUUUUCUUCACAUGGCUAAUUCUUUAUUAUGGAUUUAAUGAAAGCAUAAAUGUCAUCAGUUUUCCUAUAACAUAUCUUUGCACCUUGAAAGUGUUGAAGAGCUGCAUAUAGGUACUGUAGAUUUGCACCAGAUCACAAAUAACCAGUAUUAGUACUCUAUGUAUUUUAAAAUAUGCAUAAACUAUUAAAAACAUUUUGGAAUAAUUUAUUUUAUUUUCACAUUUCUCCAUAUAACUUCCUGGGAUGUUGCACAGUAAAUAUUACUUAUUCUAGAUCCUUAUAAGGACUUUUUUCUUCAUUCUGUCUGAGGAAGGCUGUAACACAAGAUAUAGUAUGAUGAAAGAUGGACAGCAAAUGAACUUUUGUCUUAAAUGUUGGUUGCAGCAUGAAAAUGAUGUCAUUAAUCAAAAAAAAAAAAACAUUUUAUUGCAAUUUACUACUUCUAUAUAAACUAUGAAAAAGUGGAUUCUUGUUACUUUAUGUGAAUUAUUUUUGAAAAAUUACAUACACAGGAAAAUCUGAAAUAAAAACAAUCUAACUGAGCAUGAUUAUUAUUUGUAGAUAGCCCAACUUCUCUUUAUUUCUUAGUUUUACAAAAAAAAUAAAGAAAGAAAUAAUAACAUAUUAACACAUAGUAAAGCACAAUUGCCUGGGAUUAGGAAAUAUGUUUCAUCUCAGUGGCAGAUUUGUCUUCAUAAGCAGUAUACAGCAAAACAUUUUAAAAAAUCUGAAACGUGGUCAUUUUUUUAUUAUAACUGUUAAAACUGAAAGCCAUUUUUAUUAUAUUAGGUUUAUCUAUCAUAUGGCAUCUUUUUAACAGAAAUUUGUAUUUUUCAAUAUGUUCUAACACAUUGAUAGCUAAAAGCUUCAAAUAUAGAAAAUCUGCAUUUCUGAACUAAUUAGCCCUCCAACCCUCCAUAAGUGCUGCUUAGAAUAGCUGUAUAGACUGUAAUAAUCAACCAACCAGUUAAUCAGGACUGGUCAAAUGUUCUUCGGUUUUCUUAUUGUCAUGUUUUAGUUUUUAUGUGUCAAUUUAAACCAACCUUCAUUUGAUACACUCUUGUUCAUAUUCCAGCAACAGGUAUUAAACAAGAACACUACUGAUUUUCUUUGAUUUGAAAAUGUUGUUUUUCAUUACAGUUAAAGAUUCUAUGGCUUUAAAGUAGAUUUUGUAUGAAAACAAUUCAGGAAAAUCCAAAGGCCCUAUCUGCACCUACCUAAUGAUAUUAUUUUAAAGGAUGAAAUAACAUUUUAACUAUGUUUUAAAUUAGCUGGACUUCUACAGCUUUCCAGCAUUAUGUGAAGUCUAUACCUCUUCAAAGAGAACAUUGAGGCUAGAAAACAUAAAUGAAGCAGGAUUUGCACACAAGAUAUUAAUAGUUUUACAAAACUUCAGUAUUUCUUUUGAGAUUUUCAUGUAUUUAACAGACUACCAAAAAUGUAGUGCAUGGCAGCACAAUGAAAGCGUUUUCAUGUUAGAUUAAGUUCUCCUCACAAUCAGGGUGACAGUAAAUCAGUGAGUUGGAUGGACAGGAUGGUUGCUGUCAAGUUAUUUUUGUACUUGUAUCUAAAACCACUCUGUGUAACAGGAAAAUAAGUUCUUCAUAUACAGUAUAUAGCAUGUUUCUUUUAAAACCAUGUAAUUUUCACUAGGCACAAGGCUGAUACCUUUUGUCUACCAAAAAUUGAUAUUUGUGUCUCCAGUGUUCGUUAUCAAAACUGAUAAAUAUGGCAUAUAUUCAAGGUGAAUAAGAGUCACUAAAUACAGUGCCUUGCAUAAUUACUCCAAACCUUUUCAUAUUUUGUUUCCCUCAACUUUGUUUUCUAACUAUUUCACUUUAUAUUACUGCAUAUUCAUUGUAAACACAGUUUCACAAAUUUGCAAAUAACAAAAAUACAAAUGUACACUGAAACUUCAAAGUAAACAAAAACAUAAUUAAACAUUCAAUCCAUGUGAUCUGCUAGUUCUGUUCAGGGUCAAAAAAUGCCUUAACCCAUAGAAUUAGUUUUUUGGCCUUUUAUUUGUGAGCAGAAAGAAGGAAACCCUGCAGAAAGCAGCACUCACAUCAACCACUAGUCCACUUCAGGAUAUAUAGUUUACACACUUAUACUGGUCCAAUGUACAUUGUGUGUGAGGAUAAUGUGCAAACGGUGUGCAGUGGACAAGUUGAGAGUCUAUGGAGGUGUAAAGCGGAAGGGCUAUUUAUUUUGCUACCAUGAAAAAAGUAUCAUAACAUUGGAGGAGAAUAGAGA